AUGAUUAGAGAGACUCAUAGUUCAACAGACCUUUCAAACCUACCCAAGAGACCGACGCCGGCUUUUUUACGAAAAUCAACUUCAACUCCAAAAUUAAAUAGUAAUAACAAUCAUAAACCACUUCCGAGAACACCUAAUACACUUCAACAACAACAACCUCCCCAGUUAAAUAGAAGGACUCCUACACAGCAACAAACAAACUCAUCAGUUCCUGUUCCACCAUCUAAAUCAAAGCAGCAACUAGUAUCACUGCCGCUGAAGAAGAAGAAAAAAAUUGGUUUCUUUAAAAAAAUCUCGAUUGAGUGGAAUUUAUUAUUAUUAAAAUUAAAAUCAAUAUCUGAAGACGUUUUAUCAUCUGAUGAUAUUAUAGAAGAAUUCUUUAUAGAUUCAGAUCCUGAUACCGAUUUUGAUAAUCUUGUUAGAUCUCAUAAGGGAUAUAAUUCAACUGAAGAACGGUUUUUAAAAGAUUAUAAAAAAUUUAAAAAUUUAGAUAAUAUGGCUGCGGCAUAUACUAGUAGUAAUGAUGUUAGAUCUUCAGCUACUAUGGUUUCAGAUAGAUUACAAUAUACAUUACAAGAUAUAAUACGACAACAACAACAACAUCACCUUAUGCAACAUGAACCAAAAUUUGAUUCAAUAGAUACCAGGACAGAAGAACCAACUCGAGAAGAAGGUUAUGAAGAUGAUGAAGAAGAAGAUGAAAUAGAUUCAGCAGUUGAAUAUAAUGAAAUUUCAUUCCGUGAUUUGGAUGUUUGUCAACUUCGUAAAGAAUUUGAAAAUUAUAAUACCAAUAAUAACAGUGCUAGUAGUGAUACUGAUUCUAAAUCAACUUUAUUUAAUGAAUCAAAUAUUGGAUCUACUUUAUGGGAAUAUCGUCGUAAGAAAUGGUUAUCACCAAAUCCAAAUAGUCCUCCUAAUAAACUAGAACAAAGAUUGAUUGAAACUUCAAUUCAACAUGUUCCUAAAGAUUGUUAUGUUAAAUUAUAUUCUUGUUUAAUUGAAAAGAAUAAAGAAUUGAAACAUAACAAAAGAAUCAAUCUUUCUGAUGUUGUCAAGAUUAUAAAUGCUGGUUGGAUUGCUGAAGAAAAAUGGGAAAGAGCCGCUCGUGGAUUGCCAUAA